GGCGGGCCGCGGUCUCCGUGUCUCCGUGUCCAGGUGUCCGCGGGCGGGGUGCCGCGGCCUUCCAUCGGGAUCCCGGCAUGAGCCGCGCCUUGCAGGCUCUCCGCGCUCUGCGGCUGCGGCUCGUGGGGCCUGCCAAGGAGCUGGUGGGCACCGACCAGUUUGGCAACAAGUACUACCGGGUGCCCAAGUACGAGAGCCGCGCAGGGCAGAUUAUACCGGAAAGAAGAUUUGUAGAAGCAGUAAAUCGUGAAGCAUAUCAGUAUCAAAUUGGUGACUUUCCAACAGAAUGGGAAGCAUGGAUAAGAAAAAAGAGAGAAGAUCCACCCACAAUUGAGGAGAUUCUUAGGAAUGAAAGUUAUAGAGAAGAAAUGAAGCAGAAAGUCAAGGAUGUAUCUGAAAAGGAUAAGCUGCUUCAGGCCAAGGAGUAUGAGGAAGGACUUGUUGCUGAACCAAGUCAUACUCAGGUUAAAGGCCACGCAUCUGCCCCUUACUAUGGAAAGAAGGAGCCCUCACAAGACCCCACAAGCACUGCAAAUACCUUCCAGCCAGGUGCCUGGAUGCCACCAGGCAGUGGUAGUAGUCAAAAUAAAUAAGCAAUUUCAUGGACAGGUACUGUUAAUGGAUUAAUAUUUUAACAGAUGACAUACACAGCUGUUAUAUACAAGAGUACUACAAUAAAGUAGUAUUAAAGCAGUUUGAGUUACUUUUGCAGAACUAUUCAAAUAGGCUUGAUCAUGACAAAGUAUUGUUGAGGUGUUUGGGUUUUGUGAAAAAUGGUAUGUUACUAAGUUUGGUUUUGAUAGUUGCUGCUCAUCAGUUACUCUUGAAUUCAUUUUAAAAAGACUAUCUAAAUUUUCUUUAAGUCUAAAUUGCUUUUUUCCUUGAAGACUAAUUUAGUUUUAAAACUGUUCUUGAUAUAAGAAUUGUUGUCUGUACACUUAGAUUUUCCCAAGCCUUUGCCAAGACAUCUCUUCAGAAUAAAUCCCUUGGGAGUGCCAGCAUGCUUUCCGCUGGCAAGCAGACGGAAAAGUUGAUUUCAUUAACAGGAAUCACUAUGACACUACACUGAUUACACACUGUACUCAUCAUAGAGAUGUUCUUGGAACUUAAAACAAUCAACAUAUUUGAAUGUUUGAUUUUAAAACAGUCAACAUAUUUGAAUGUUUGAUUUGCAGACAGCAAUUUGUACAGGGUAAAACCAGUUAAAAUACAUAUAACUGCUAUAAUAGAAGCUAGAAGUACUUGAUAAAGCUGCUGGAAAAUAACACUAGGUCUGGAACAAGGGACUGUCAUGAAUAUUAAAAAAAAUACUAGUUUUUAUUCCUUGUGUAUCCAUGGACUUCCCUAGAUGAUGAGAUCAUUUUGGCCAUAGUUUAGAUACAUAAAAUGUGCAGAUUAUUUGCUUAGAGAUGAUGUUUGAGAACUUCAAAUAAAAAUGAAGAUGACACAACUUUUUUUCAAAAAGUAUCAAAUUUAUUUAUGGAGUGUAUCCCUCAUCAGUUUUCCUCCCUGUGUUUCAAGCUAUGUAGGUAUCAAAGGUAGAACACAUACAUAUUUGACAACACUUCAUACAAAACAUGGAGACUUAAUCUCACGUAUUUAUAAAAUGCCCAAAUGUUGUAUUCCAAUAAUGCUUGCUUUCACCAACAAAAUUGAAAGGGGAUCAACUUCAAGUUUACUUAAAAGUAAUUUCAGUUAGACUCCCCACUUCUGAUCCCCCUUGGUGUCAGCCAGCUCUACAGGUCUCUUCAUUUGAACAAUGGUAUUAUUUAAAGGUUUUAUUUUUAAACCUGAUCAAAGAGUAGCUGCUAGAAUGCACAACUCUGUGCUGAUGCAAAAUGUAAAAUCUUAAUGACUGCUACAAGCUCUUUUGAAAUAGACUAUGUAGAGGUCACCACAGACUAUUAUUAAAAAAUUAGGAUUUGAAAAAUUAAUCAAGUCUAUUAAGAAGAGAUUAAUUGGAAAUAAGGUUAGAUAAUUUUGAUGUAUUUACAACACAAACCUGACUUUUUUGACUAUGUCAGCAUUUUGCAACCUUUAAGGCAGCAGAGUUUGAAGGGCCAUGAGAACAAAAAUCCUACCUAAACACAAGUCUUAGAUCAAAGGUAGCCAGGUGGUUACUGUCACCAGAACUACUGUCACCAGCUCAUGCAACACCCUUGCACAGCCAUCUGCUAUAGCAGAACACUAGGACACCUGGGUCUUUGGUCUCACCCAACUUAUGGCUAUUCUUUGAGGCAUAAAGAAUUUAUGAAGGCAAAACCAAAUUAGUUACAGGUGGAGCAUUGUUUGUUAGGGAAGCUCAAACAACAGUACUGUAUUUUAUAGAACAUGAGUGCCUUAAGAGAAAUGAAGCUAAUAAGAACAAGCAAUCAGUUUCCUGGAACUUGGGCUGAAGUUAAAGUCUGUUCAUGGCUUGUAGUUCAGGAAAAAGUAAAAGCUAAGGUAGGUUAUUUCUGCAGACAAGCAGCACCAUCAAAGACACUGCAGCAGCCACUAUGGGCACACACAGCCAUAUGCAGUGACCUUAAAUGAAAUCAGUCAUGUCUGCUAUCUAAUGCUACAGGUAGCUUGUCUCUACAGACCUGCUCAAGGUAUGCCAAAAAUUGCAUUUCUGUAAUCCAGUUUAUUAUUCACAUUUUCCCCUAAACUUGAUAAUUUUAAGACACUUGUUAAGUCAUAGCUCAGCUAAGA